UCUUAUCCACCCAAGAACUGAAAACAUGGCUACUAUCUUCUCAACUACUCUUCUCAAUCUCUUCUUAAUCCCAUCUUUCUUUCUCACUCUCCUUCUCACCCCAGCCUGCAAAGCUGACAACAUCUUAUAUCCCGGUGAAACUCUCAGCACUAACAACUAUCUGGAAUAUGGGAGCUAUAGUUUUAUAAUUCAAGAAGAUUGCAAUCUGGUCUUAUAUGAUAAUGGAAACCCCAUUUGGGCAUCCAACACCGGUGGGCUAGCCAGUAAUUGCCAUUGCACCAUGCAAACUGAUGGGAAUCUUGUGGUAUAUGAUCCUAACGGAGUUGCAAUUUGGGCUAGUAAUUCCUACAUAGGCGAAGGCUUCUACGUUCUAAUCCUUCAAAAGGAUAGAAAUGUAGUCAUCUAUGGUGGGGCCACUUGGGCUACUGCGAGUAAUGCAUAUGGGAGCAGUGCAAUGCCAGUGGUCACUGUGGUCAGCGCUGCUAAAACCAAUCGCACCGCUUUGGUUGAUGGAUCUGGGAUCAUCACAAACAUCUGAGAAGAAUAUCAAUGCAUUGUGUUGAAAUGCAUACAUUUUCCUUUGGCCUAAGUUCUAUAUUUAUCUAUGUGUGCGAUGAUGGGUAUGUAAUGUUUGAAAAUUUGAAUGAAUCUUAGUAAUAUAUUAUAGUACUUUUGGGUUAAUGUAUUGGUUAGCUGCUGUCCUUUCUUCUUUUUUUCUUUUUUUUGAAAAAAAAAUUCGUUUAUGAUAUGAUGGGACUAUAACGGUUGGAUCUGUGGUCAUGUUUAGUGAUCCUAACCAUAUAUAAGAUGGGCCUCAUCGGAGAUGGAAGACCCCUGAUGAAAUUCUCUAAUUGGACUACUUUAGUUUUUUAAUUAUUUAACUUUUUCUGUUGAAUAUGUACUGUGUUCUUGACCGUUGCUUUGUGGGUCAUUUGUUUGAAAGUCUAGGAUUUUCAGA